AUGCAUGAGCAAGUCUCCGAAUACUAUGGCAAGACAAUCAAGAAGACAGAGGACCUCAAGUAUGAAGCAUGCGUCGUUGGAGGCGAAGAAACAAAGCAUCAUAAACAAAUUUUAGCAAAAGUUUCACCGAAAGUCAUAGAAUCAUUUUACGGAUGUGGAUCGCCAAUUCCAGAUCCACUCGAAGGAACUAUAUCAGUUGAUCUUGGAAGUGGCACAGGUCGUGAUUGCUUCGUUAUUUCAGCACUUGCUGGAAAAACAGGCCAUGUAAUCGGCGUUGACAUGACACAAGAGCAAAUUGAUGUUGCUAACGAGGCAAUUGCAUAUCAUAAAGAACAUAUUCCUGAGGCAUCUCCAAUUGAAUUCAGAAAAGGAUUCAUUGAGGAUCUUCAUACUGCCAAUAUUCCAGAUAACUUUGCAGAUGUUGUUGUUUCUAACUGUGUAAUUAACCUUUCUCCACAGAAGAAAAACGUUUUCAAAGAAAUUUAUCGCGUUCUCAAAGAUGGUGGCGAAUUACACUUCUCUGACGUCUUCAGUGAUCGCUCACUUCCUAAAGCCGCUCGUGAAGACAAGGUUUUAGUUGGAGAAUGUAUCGGAAAUGCAAUGGAUAUCAAUACAUUCAUCGCUUACAUGCUCAGUGUUGGCUUCAAAAACUUCCGUGUUGUUACAUCUCGCGUUCUUAACUUACCACAAUUCCCUCCUGAGCUUAUUGAGCCAGGAACAGUUUUCUGGAGUAUCACAAUUUCGGCAUUCAAGGGAGUAAACCAGCCAGAGUGGAAGCAUGAUAUCGUCGUGUAUAAAGGUGGCAUUCCAGGCAGCCCAGAAGUAUAUAAACUCGAUUCUAAUCAUUCAUUCAAAGUUGGAGAAAAAGUUCCAGUAUACUCAAACAUUGCUGAGAUCUUAUCUACAAAGAGAUAUUCUCCAUUCUUCGAUAUCAAUAAAGAUGAAACUCGUGAAGCUCCAGAUCCAGUUCCAUCCUUCAUGGAAGUAGUCUUUGCUAGUGAAGCAUCAAAUGGAACAGGUUGCUGCUGCUGUGGCAGCGGAAACUGCUGCUAA